AUGGUGCAACACAUGAGACCUUUGUAUAUCACUGCGGAGAUUAAUGGUACCAAGGUUAGCAAAAUCAUGGUUGAUACCGGGGCGGCUGUAAACGUCAUUACUACAAGGACCAUGCAUCUGCUAGGGAUCAAGAAAGAAAAGAUCCAGUCCACCUCCCUCGCACUCAAGAAUUUUGCAGGGAUCAUGACUAAGACUUUAGGCCUGCUUUUCCUGCAAAUCAAGAACAGGGUUACUGAUAAGGUAGAGGUGAUUAAAGCAGACCCUCGACCUUUCCCCGUUUCCGUAAACUAUGUAGAUGUCAGGUGCACGAGCUGUUUGCUCGCUCCGUAUUUGGAUCGUGCACUUGUACUCCUGGUUCAAUUUGAUGACGUGGACCUAGAGCAUAUUCCUCGCAAGCGCAAUUUCGCCGCCAAUGAACUCGCCCAGUUGGCUACUGGCAUCACUUUAAAGUAUGGGGUUCGCGAGAGGAUUUUAAUGGUUGAGCGCCGCACGUUACCUUCGUUACUCGGGCGGUCUGACCCGCUAGAAGAACCUGCAGUGGCAGCUUUGGAUCCUAUCAAUGUGGACUGGCGUGUCCCCCUGAUAGCAUACCUCAAACAACCAGAUAACUCUGCAGAUAAGAAGAUCUGUUUCCUCGCGCUGAAUUACUUUCUCAGGAACGACGAGCUGCGGCGGCGCGGAGAGGACGACAUAGAUUUGCGGCGGCGCGGAGAAGAUGGCAUAGAUUUUAGGUGUGUGUAUGGUCAUGAAGCGAAGCGCCUGAUGCGAGAGGCGCAUGCGGGUGUGUGUGGGGCUCAUCAAGCGGGCCCAAAGAUGCGUUGGGUACUCAGGAGACAUGGUUAUUAUUGGCCCAGCAUCUUAAAGGACUGUAUCAAGUUCGCGAAAGGUUGCCAGGAUUUCCAGGCGCAUGGACCAGUCCAGCACAUUCCAAAUAUACCCAUGCAUCUUAUCAUUAAGCCCUGGCUGGCACGCGGAUGGGCACUAGACUUGAUUGGCAUGAUUCAUCCCCAUUCCUCUCUUCAGCACAAAUUCAUCAUCGUCGCCACCAACUUCUUUACUAAAUGGGUAGAGGCCGAGCCUUUAAAGGAGGCUUCCGGCGCCACCAUUCGGCAAUUUAUCUUUAAUCACAUUAUUUGUUGGUUUGGCAUCCCAGAGGUGUUAGUGUCGGACAGGGGGGAAACAUUCAUGGGCCGUGAAGUGGAACAGCUCGUCGCUGACUUGGGAAUACAAUUCAUUCAUAGCACCCCAUAUUAUGCUCAAUCCAAUGGCCAAGCGGAGGCCAGUAAUAAGAUUGUCAUCACCCUCCUGAAGAAGAUGCUGGCAGAAAACCCUCUCCAGUGGCAUGAGACGCUGUAUCAGAUUCUCUGGGCUUAUCGUACCUCCAAGCGUAGCCCCACUGCCACAACCCCCUACGCUCUCAUGUUCAGUCACGAUGUUGUAUUACCUCUGGAAAUCAACGUUCAAUCUCUACGGGUCCAAGACCAACAUCAUCUGAUUGGCGAAGAUUAUGUCCAGGCCAUGUGGCAAGAGCAUGAAGAUCUUAGCGAGAAACGAUUAGAGGUUUGGGACAGUUUAGUGAUGGAAAAGUAG